CCAAGAGACACUCUGGUUGCUGAAUGAUUCAAGCAGUGGGCGGGAGCCACUAUGACUCUGAGCUGCUUGGAGGGCGGCAGCCACUGGAAUAGUGACAGGUCGAGUAACAAAUGGAUUUGAGGCAGGGCAGAAGGAAAAGAGCCAAUAACAUGAGGCACUGCAAGGAGUGGCGGGCCGGUGGUGCAUGGGAGCGCUGAGGAGGAGUGAAUGUAGAGGGAGGGAGGCAGUAGAGGAGAGGAGAUAGGUGGGGCAGCAAAAGGAGGAGAGAGCAUUUGUUGACUAGCAUCCUCUGAAGACUGAGCUGGACAAGCAGAUGGAACCGUAACUCACAUAGCAGAAGCACUUCAGCUGCAGCCAACAACUACACACAGUGAGUAAAAACAAAGGACGCCGGUCAUCAAACAAAAUGGCAGUCUUACUCACGGUAUAAACCAAAAAAUAAAACAGCACAACACGUAACAAUUGAGUCCAAAAUGAAAUACCACUCUAUGUGGGUAACAACAACUAGCGCCAACACAAACUUGUGACUUUAACUGUUAUUUACAUAGUGCCCGCAAGGAAUGCUGGGUACUCCGGCAGUUACAAAUGAGAUGGACAAUGACGUGUACAUUAUCUUUAAAAUCAGCACACUUGCAUGGAGUCAUGGAAACAAUAUGAAUUUAUUUAUUUAUUUAUUAUUCACACGUGUGUUUGAGGGCGCACGCAUGCAUGUCCAAUGCUGCACAAAAAUAAAUAUUUUGUAUUUGUGGGUUCAAUCAGAUGCAAAGGUGUAUUCCACAACAGUGCAAGUAUUCCCUUAUCUUUGAAAAACUACAAUACACAUUAUACUAAAUACAAUGGAACCUCAAUUAGAGUUUGCCCCGGUUAGCAUGUUUUUCAGUUAAUGUCAAAAAUUUAUGCCACAAUUUUGCCUUAGUUUGCACGCAUUCUCCGGUUAGCGUACAAUAUGGCACACAUCUUGUCGUGUUAUUAAUACAGAGUCCUAGUGACAGAGUCCAUCUGUAUUCUUCCUUUUUUUUUUUUUUUAAAAUCACAAAACAUCCGUCCUUGUUAGCGUCCUAUCAGCUGGAUGCUAACAACUGGAACCGGAAGUCAGCUCCAUUACGUCGCUUGUCUUAGAUGUCAUCAGUGGGUGACAAAAAUGUUAAACAUGUUUUUAUAGUUUUACAUGCAUAAAGCAUUUUUGAAUGCAUAUAAAUGACGAAUGAAAUGGCUAAAUGAACAUUUAAGGCUACCAUUGCUUUCAUUCAUUGUUCCGAAAGACACAAUGCGGAGAAAGACAUGUUCAUGUCUCACACAAGGAUUGUGAAUGAUGGGCAAAAUUCCCCAAAAAAGUGCAGUUUCCUUUAAAGGUUCAUGUCCCACUUAUCCCUUUCAUUCAUUAUAUGUAUGUAUAUGCAUUUCAAAUUGCUUUCUGCAUGUAAAACUAUAAUUGUAAAACUAUAAAAAAAAAAAAAAAAGUUCUGUGUUAACAUUUUGGGCUGUCUGGAAAAAAUUAAUUGGAUUUACAUAAUUUCUUAUGGGAAAAAUGUAUUCCGUUAGCGUCCGUUUCGGUUAGAGUCAAACCUUCUGGAAUGAAUAAAUGACAUUAACCAAGGUUCCAGUGCAUGUUGGAUAUGUGUUUCUCAUAUUUUGUCCUUCUCAUAUACCUGAAUAAUGUUGAAAAUAUGAUACAGUGCAAUAUGAGUCAGUGAGUUUUACAAUCCUUCUUGUGUGAAAUGUAUAAUAGUGUCAAUGUGUGGGAUCUCUACAAUCUCUAAGAGUUUUCAGUCAUACAAAACACAUGUAAAACGUGUUUCAAGGAGAAAGCCACGACGCCUGUUCUCUUUUCAAGUCUUGCUUGUGUAAUCUGGGUCAGUUGGUUUGGCUCCACUAUGCAACUUAAAAAUGUCGGAGCGUGUCACACUUAUGUCUGUCUGGUUGUCCAUGUGUGUCUGUCUGUGCGUGUGUUGAGGCUUACUGAAGAUUUUGUGGUAAGUGUCUUUUGACCAACAUGGGAAUACAAACAACAGGACAGUUUUCUUUUUGUGACAGUUUUACUCUAUCCUUUUGCUUUACGUACAUAUUGCCCAGAAGACGGGCAUAAUUGAUUAACUGUACAUUAGGAAUUCUGUCAAAGUGUGGAAUUGUUGGUUGAUUGAGAUUAUCUUAAAGCGUCAGUCUCAACUACCUGUAUAUUAUGGUCUGAAGAACAAUUUGUUUCAUUGUGUUGAACUUGCAAAUGAUUAUUUGGAAAAACAAUACAUGGGAUUUUUGACAUCUAAAAUGAACAUAAAAAAGAGCUUGUUGUCUAAAUAGGCUGUGGUAAAAAUUACAAGAAAAUUUAACAAAGAUUACAAGUUGAGAGAAAAUUUUGAUCUGGUAACAGUGAGAACUAAAACUGUGAGGUAGAACUACAGAUCCGAAUAUCCAACGUGAAACUAACUUCACCACGGUACACAGCCGACAUGUCUGUAUGGUGGUGUUGUGUUUUCUUCUUCUUGCGGGUGGCAAGAGUCAAGUGGCAACCAGCUCUAAGGCGCAUUACUGCAUCUACCAUGCUGGAGUGUGGCUCAGAUUUACGAACGUUAUACGCUAACCGGAUCGGCCCGAUCUCGUGGCGUAAGCCAAUAUUAUCAGAUCUUCAAAAUACAGUGGAUCGGCGUCCAAUCCUGAAGGUCGGAUCGGGACAUCCCUACUUCAAAGCAUGUGUUCAUUGGAGCUAAAUUGAAACUAGUCUUUGAUGCUGAUAUGCUCAGCAACAACCAACAGGCUGGUGUUGAUAAACAUUGCAUUUUGAUGGUGAAUAAAUUCAGUACAGAACCUAAAGCUCUGCUGUGUUUCCACUUUAACAAUCUUCCUGUUUAUGUUAUUUCCAACCAGAAAUCAUGGCCAACAUCACAGCAGUGACAGACACAAAUAAUCUGUCCUGGCACCCAGAGGCUAACCCUCUCUCCCAAGUCUCCCUGCAUGUGCAGGAGGUCUACCCCUUCCAGGACGGCUGGAACGUGGCCUGCUUUCUUAUCCUACUGCUCUUCAUCCUCACUGUGUUGUCUUUAGCGGCCAUGGCCAUCCUCUAUGAGCUCUUGGACUGCGGCUGCUGCGCCAAAGGAAAAAUACACCAAGAACUCCAGGAGGAGGGGCCAGGCAACUGCAGCAAACUGAUGACCAGCAUUUACAAGGAGCCAGAAUGUCACUCAGAAGUGUUAUAGAAACAUGGCAAGACAAAAACUCCACUGACAUGGAGAAAUUUGUCUAAAUUACAGUAGUUAAUUAUUUUUUUGCACAUUCACAACCACUGAACACAAAAAGCCUCAUCAUGAAAUUCUUAUUUUACACAAAGCAUUAAUAUUAUAGUAACAAGUAUAGUUAAAAGUUCUUCUGAUGAUGAUACUGUGGCCUGUACACCAUAAUUGUCAAAGCUGUCAAAAUGAUUAUGAGGAUUGAAUGUGAAUUUUGUCUUUGAUAUGACAUUGCAUGGACAAAUAGUGUUGCAAAUAGUGUGUCAAAAAUAGACAUUUUUUCACCAUUCGCCGGUGGUCCAGAAUAUGGAAAAGAAGAACAGGAAAAGCGGGGAUCUACUGUAGUGCAAACAUCUGUCAGUUUAAAAGUGGCGCAUGAGUAAACAGAAUUUGGAAAUUAUUAUAAGGUGCUGCAGAUAUUAUCUCAGCUCAUUUUAUUUAUCUGUUUUGAUCAUCAGGUGAUUGUAUGCAGACUGCUGGUGUCAACAAUUCAUAAAAUGGUUUGUACAAAUAAACAAAUAAUUAUCAGAACCUCAAUAGUAUUUCAGUUUGGGGGGACUUCACAAUGUGAGCAAAUUUAGUGCAUUCUCUCGGCUGAAAAUCUAUAUCUCUUAUAGAGAAUUUAAUCUGGGAAUGUUAGCGAAUCAGAGCGAUCUCAAAGUAGCCACUCCUGUCGUACUGCUGCCCAAAUUAUUCUUGCUCCCAUAUGCACCGGGUUCUCAAUAAAUGGUGACGCUAUCUCUGAAUGAGUUACACAGUGAGACAGCGGCGCUUUCACAGACGAUUUAAGCUGAAAGUAUUGAAAUAACCUGGUCGGGAACAAGUUAUAAGUUUAGUCUAAGUUACGUGGUGAUCCACCUUCGUUGAACAGGCAAGCCUGGCUUUACACUCCACACGCCUCGCUAACCCACUAAACUCGCUUACACAACCUUGAUCUACAGUACUUGAGACACAUGAGAUGUUUUCUGAAGGAGUUUAAAUAGCGUCACUGUUUGUUAGAUGCCUAAAAAAAAUACAGGUUACAGUUUUGUUGCACUAAAACAGCAGCAUUUUUCCACUAUUGGUUUACAACCUGUUUAAGUUAUACUGCAAAAUGUAAACUACAAAUUCUUUUGUUUCUGUGUCAGCCUGUUGCCAUAUUGAGGUAUUAUCAUCGUGAACCAUGUAUUGCUAAUCGUAUCGUAUCGUAUCAUGAGGUACCCUGAAAUUCCCAGCGCUAGUCAAGCUAGUUGUUGGCUAGAACUUGUUCCAAAUACAGAGCCUAUCCUUAAUUAUGGUAUUGUAGAUCCUUAUUUACAAUGUGUUCGUGGUCAACUCAAGGGCCGAGUGUACUUCAUCGCAGGUCGUGGUGAGUCUGUUGAUGAACUCAAGCACUGCUGUCAUCAUCAUUCGAGCAUGAAUAAGUACAUCACUCCCCUCCCUCUCACGACCCCCCAUCAGGGCGGUUUCCCCACUAUUUGAGAAGCACUGACAUACAGUGGUAUGAAAAAGUAUUUGAAUCUUUUGGAAUUUCUCACAUUUCUGCAUAAAAUCACCAUCAAAUGUGAUCUGAUCUUUGUUAAAAUCACACAGAUGAAAAAACAGUGUCUGCUUUAACUAAAACCACCCAAACAUUUAUAGGUUUUCACAUUUUAAUGAGGAUAGCAUGCAAACAAUGACAGAAGGGAAAGGAAUAAGUAACUGAACCCUCACAUUUAAUAUUUUGUGGCCCCUCCUUUGGCAGCAAUAACUUCAACCAGACGCCUCAUGUAGCUGCAGAUCAGUCUGGCACAUCGAUCAGGACUAAUCUUGGCCCAUUCUUCUCUACAAAACUGCUGUAGUUCAGUCAGAUUCCUGGGAUGUUUGGCAUGAAUCGCUGUCUUGAGGUCAUGCCACAGAAUCUCAAUGGGGUUCGAAUCUGGACUUUGACUUGGCCACUCCAGAACGUGUAUUUUGUUCUUCUGAAACCAUUCUGAAGUUGAUUUACUUCUGUGUUUUGGAUCAUUGUCUUGUUGCAGCAUCAAUCCUCUUUUUAGCUUCAACUGUCUGACAGACGGCCUCAGGUUUUCCUGCAAGACAUCCUGAUAAACUUUUGAAUUCAUUUUUCCAUGAAUGAUUGCAAGUUGUCCAGGCCCUGAGGUAGCAAAACAGCCCCAAACCAUGAUGCACCCUCCACCAUGCUUCACGGUGGGGAUGAGGUGUUGAUGUUGGUGAACUGUUCCAUUUUUCCUCCACACAUGACGUUGUGUGUUCCUCCCACACAAUUCAAUUUUGGUUUCAUCAGUCCACAAAAUAUUUUGCCAAAACUUCUGUGGAGUGUCCAAGUGCCUUUUUGCGAACAUUAAACGAGCAACAAUGUUUUUUUUAGACAGCAGUGGCUUCCUCCGUGGAGUCCUCCCAUGAACACCAUUCUUGGCCAUUGUUUUACAUAUACGUAGUUGAUGUGUGCACAGAGAUAUUGGACUGUGCCAGUGAUUUCUGUUAGUCUUUAGCAGACACUCUAGGGUUCUUUUUUACCUCUCUGAGUAUUCUGCGCUGAACUUUUGGCGUCAUCUUUGGUGGACGGCGACUCCUUGGACCAUUUGUAGACAACUUCUCUGACUGUCGAUUGAUGAACAUCCAGACUUUUAGAGAUGGUUUUGUAUCCUUUCCCAGCUUUAUACAAAUCAACAAUUCUUGAUGGCAGGUAUUCAGACAGCUCUUUUGAGUGAGCCAUGGUGCACAUCAGACAAUGCUUCUCAUCAAGACAAUUCUUACCAAUUCUGUGUGUUUUAUAGUGGGCAGGACAGCUUUAAACCACUCAUCAGUGAUUGGGCACACACCUGACUUGAAUUGUUUGGUAAAAAUUGGUUUCAAUUGCUCUUUAAGUCUCCUUAGGCAGAGGAUUCAGUUACUUAUUCCUCCCCCUUCUGUCAUUGUUUGCACGCUAUCCUCAUUAAAAUAUGAAAACCUAUAAAUGUUUGGGUGGUUUUAGUUAAAGCAGACACUGUUUUUUCAUCUGUGAAAAGAUCAGAUCACAUUUGAUGGUGAUUUUAUGCAGAAAUGUGAGAAAUUCCAAAAGGUUCAGAUACUUUUUCAUACUAAUGUAACUGAAUAGGUUAGCAGGCUUGAAAAAUAUGUAUUUAUUUUUGUAAAGCUGCUGACCUUCCACUGAAGUCCUGAGGCCCAUAUUACACUUUGAAAACCCCCGGAUAAAUAUAUCACUAUGCCAAUCCCUGGAAAAUAUAUUUUUUUUUGUUCCAGUGUUCCGCUCAGAGUGUUACCACUGAAACUGUUGUCACUGAAGUUUUUGGUGAGACCUUGUAAGUGGUGUAAAGAGUGUAAUAGUUUAACACACAUUUCUAAACAAGAGGUAAUGUGUGAUUCUGCACUUAUUUGGUGUCACGUUGAGCACAGAGUAUUCUUUCCUAUGCCGUACGGCAAAAAUGUCUAAUAAAAUGUCAGUGAAUUA